AUGGAUUCAAGUUCAAUGAUGAUGGACAUGGCUACUUCGACGGGUAGUUCCAUGCCCGUGUCAACUUCCAGCUCCAGCUCCAGCACUAUGGCUAUGGAUAUGGAACAAAUGAACAUGGCCUUCUUCACUUCCACCAAGACACUCCUCUGGACAAAGUCCUUCGCCCCCGAAACAACAGGGCAGUACGCAGGUGUUUGCAUUUUCCUCAUUGCCUUUGCUACUAUUCUGCGCAUGUUGCUUACGUUACGCGUCAACUUUUAUAACGUCAGGGAUGGUCUCAGACGCAGGCGAACCAAAGGUUUGCUAGUGGAGUCCCGAGUUAGUGAGAGUGGCGAUCGGCCGUGGAGAUCGAAUGAGGCUAUGAUGUUGGGGGCGAUAGAUGUUCUGAUCGCGGGCGUGAGCUAUUUACUGUAA